AACGAUUCAACGUUCCAUCGUUCAUCACUCGCAUCAAGAUCAAUGCUGUCGCGUAUCAAUCCCUGUCCAUUCUUAUCAGCUACAGCUCGAUCCUCAGUCGAGAACAGAAUGAUCUUCUGAUCCAAGCUUUUGCGGAGGGUUUACAAGGUCGACGAGAGGUGUCCAAGCCUGUCAUUCAAGCGUUGACCCUUUGUGUGUAUGAACUCGAUACUUAUCUCGGUCGACAUCUCUUAGCCAUCGUCGAACGGAUGAAAGACAUCAUUUCUACCACCGCCAUCGCUGUUCAUAUUCUCGAGUUUCUGGUCGCCGUCUGUCGUCAUGGACAAUUGUUCAAGAACUUUACUCAGGAUCACUACCGUCUAGUCUUCGCUGUCGCUACAGGGUACAUAUCUGAACACAACGCGCGUUCCGAGCAACCCGCUGGAGAUAGACAAGAGUUCACCUUAUCACAGCAGGUGAUUGAUUUGGCUUAUUUCUCUAUCUACGUCUGGUUCAUGGCUAUAAAACUCCCACAACGACACUUGUACGUGAGUGAUAUCGUGAAACGACUGGUGCAGGCCAAAUCGAGACGGACGGCUGUGGACGAAAAGGCGGAAGUAUGUUUUGACUGGCUGGCUAGGUAUACGUACGGCAAUGCCGACCCUCAACCGGCCAAGAGUUUCUUGGGCGAUUUGGUCAUGUCGGACGAAAACGAGGAGGCGAUCAAGAAACAGAGCUGGCUGUUGGAGAGGGAAAUUGUGACUAUAUGGGUCAAUGCUCGAAGUGGGUGGACAAGGAUUGAAAUCACCAGACCGACAGGAACCAUACUCCAGACCGGAAAAUUGGAGAAUGUACCCUUGCUCGAUUUAGGAGAAGCCAAUGCCGACCUGGUGACCCUACCUGCUGUUCUCAUGGCCAAUCGGACGAUCCUGCGACCAUUGACAGAAGAAGCUUCUACCGCCAACGAUUUGUCCAUAGCCGAUUCUCAACAUGGAUAUAUUUGGUCUGGUGCCACUCCAUCACAACGACGUAAAGAUGUCGCCAUUGAACCUGCCUAUGUAUUCUUACAACUACUCUCCGCAUAUCCUUACUCGUCACUUGAUGCUCCUCGAGGACGUAUCAUACCGUCUGAAGAAAAGUAUAUGCGGGCAUUGAAAAACAUCGGAUACACUCCUGUGAUCGAUACGAUGAAAAUCGCUGUUAUAUAUGUAGCUCCUGGUCAAAUCGCCGAGGAUGAGAUUUUAUCCAAUAUCGACGGUUCUCCUCUUUAUCUCGACUUUCUUCAAGGUUUAGGUCGUAUCCUCCGACUGAAAGGACAAGUAGACGUUUCCGUCGGUGGUUUAGAUACGGAAGAUGAUUCCGAUGGAGAAUACGCUUAUGCUUGGUGGGACGAUUUAACUCAAACGGUUUAUCAUACAGUCACCAUGAUGCCAAACCUUGAAACAUCUACUCAAAAUAAUAAAAAACGUUUGAUAGGUAAUGAUUUUGUUAAAAUCGUAUAUAACGAUUCUGGAGGUAUAUUCGCUUUCGAUACUAUCAAAACAGCUUUCAACCUUAUCAAUAUCAUCAUAACCCCUCAUUCCCCUGCUACCGCUCUCACCUCAGUCCCGGAAGAUCAAUAUGGUGGUGAUUUCUUCACUGUAACACUGCAGAGAGCACCUGGAAUUCCAGAUUUUUCACCUUUGGGAGAAGGUAAAGUCGUCAGUCGUCGAUCGUUACCUAUUUUGGUCAGACAGAUAGCUCAGUUGGCGAAUGAUAUGGCGGCGAGGUUCACACAUAUUAGGGAUGCUUCAGAUAUGAGUCAAGCUGAAUAUAUAACUCCUUGGAGAUCGAGAUGGCAGGCCAUUGAACGUCUUCGAGCAAAUUUACCACCUGUGGAAUUACCGGAUGAGGAUGAUACUUUGGCCAGGGAGGUUUUGUUGAGAGAUUUUACUCGUGGAAUCUCACUUCCACCAACAAAAGAUUGAUUCAUUGCAUCACCACACUUCAAGUUGAAGAAAGAAAGAAAAAAACGGCAAAGCACGGCGUUACCACAUCUUUUGUAUCAAUAAUCAAUAACCACUUUUCAUCGUGUUAAACACUUUUCUUCACUUGGUGCUUUAGCUCGAGAUGCAUAUGACAUAUAUGAUUCU